AUGCCAUUAAAAUCUCUCGGGCCUUUCCCUACUCCUGGAAACUAUGAGAAAAUUGUUAAAAAGUUGCAAGAUAAGAUUAACAAAAAUAAUUGGUUGAUCAACUUUGAUACAGCGGUCUCUGACGCUUAUGAGUCAGGCGUCAUAGAAACGGAAAAUAUAAAAAAUUUGACCGAAUUCUACAAUUUUCUCAAUUACUUGGUGAGGUGGGUGCCAACAGAAGAUGAAACAGGAACUUUCGUUUCCCGUAUGAUUUUCACGUUGUACUUUGUCCUUGGUCAAAAAACUGUCAAACCAUUUCAAUCAUCGCUUGUACCUUGGAACCUAUCACCGUUGACGGAACUAUCACAAUGGCUAGUCGAUUUUGCCAAAGAAUUAGGAAGUUUUCUCGACACAAGUCAAUCACUCACUAAUGCAUCUCUAGAGACUUUUUAUACCGCACAAGGUUACAACGUGGACACCUUCGAGAAACCUGAAGGAGGCUGGAAAUCCUUCAAUGAAUUCUUCAGACGAAAAUUCAAGAAUGGAACCCGACCCAUCACUGGCCCUUCAAAUCCAGCCGUUAUUGUAAAUGCUGGAGAUUCUACCUUUAUGGGUUGUUGGAAUAUUGAUGAGAAAUCAACUAUUACUAUAAAAGGCCUUCCCUGGAGCAUUGAGCAGUUACUUAAUGAUAGUAACUACAAAGAUUACUUUUCCAAUGGGAAAUUUAUGCACUCAAUUCUCUCACCAUGCGACUAUCAUCGAGUUCAUGCUCCUGUUAGUGGCAAAGUGCUUCAAGCCAAAGUAAUUCCAGGCCUAGCUUAUCUCGAUGUUAUUGCUCAAAACAGCUCUGACGGUAAACGGAGAAUAAUACCCAUUCGAAAUAUGGUGGAUGGCACUCCGGGGUAUCAAUUCUGCCAGACUCGUGGUCUGACUAUAAUUGAUUCACCAAUUGGAAAAGUGGCUGUUUUAACAGUCGGUGUGAGUCAAGUAUCUUCUGUAAUUCUCUCCGUUAAUGAAGAGGAUGAAGUUAAAAAGGGGGAUGAAAUAUCCUAUUUUCAGUUCGGUGGAUCUGACAUUGUUCUCGUGUUCGAAAAUAAAAGCCAAGUUGCAGUAGUUGCUGAAGAAGGUAAACUUUAUAGAAUGGGCGAGCUUGUGGCUGUUGCACAUUAUACACCUUAA